CUAGCCUUAGAAGAGGCUGGCGAGGUCUUGUAAUGUCCAGCUUCCCACAGCAAGAUGAUGAUCCAGUUGGAUACGGCCCGAAUCGAAGGAUUCAGAAGCGCACAGAGCAUGUGCAGGGGUAUCCAGAUUGGGAGGCGGAGCAAAUUCAAUCCUCACGUCUCGCUCACCCGUGUUUGCUCGACAUUGGAUGCAACCAGAACAUGGUCUCGAUCCCCUUGUCACCUCGGUUCAGAGUUCAAGGAAAGGCCAGUCCAUGCAAAUUCUCUUCUUCGUCAUUGACGAGCAUACGAUACGUCCGGAUAGCGCUGCAGUGUUUGGUCACUACGACUGCCAAGGGGAAAUUCGAGCCGGAAAUGUAUCGAUGCGGUUUCACGGCUCCGUCCGAUCAACUUCCAUGUAGCCUUUCUCUGGCUCCUGGACUCCAAAGGCCACACACAUUAUUCAGUCCCGAGACCCUUUACUGCCCUUAGGCGUCGUAAUUCCAGAGGAAAAUACGAUGCUAGCGUUGAAACUUCGGCACCAAGAUCAUCACAUGGAUGACGUUAGGAGAGGUACGGAGUACCCAGUGCACACAGUCAAGGCAUUGAAGCCUAAAAUCUGCCUCCUUCUCCUCCCCCAGAAGGCCAUUUGAUUGAGCCGCAUCAUCAGGAGAAUGACGCUCUCUACGUACCAGUAGUAUGGUGGCACAAGGCGGAAGGCGACAGGGGCUGUGAUGAGAGUGGCCUCCGUCCCGCACACAAGCCGCUGGCUAGCGACAUGACUUUGGGUGCAUACUUCUUCCCCGGAGGGACCCCCCCUCGUUGAGUAUCAUGAUUGGUAUCUCACAGUCUGAUCCACCUGUCCGUAGGCUUUUCCAAUACGCCGAUCGCCAUCCUUUCCGAUGGAGCUUCUGCUAUCUAGCCACCCGGGAAUCUUGAGCAGCUGGAUUUCGCAGCAUGCACCGAGCAAGCGCAACAGGGCUACUAGCCUCUCGGUCUAGACACGAACAACCCUCCCAAGGAGCUUGGAUGCUCUACUCCAGAAUCCAGUCCUUGACUAACGCCAUGAACACAGGAGCCUUCCCCCGUAGCUGGUGCUACCAGAGGUUCAGAUCGACGCCUCCUCCGGAAUUUCGAGCCACUUGGGCAAUACCGAGUGACCAACUAAAGCUCCUCGAUGACUGCGACACAACCUCACACAGUCUGUCACGAUGGCCGCUAGCGUCGCCCAAAAAAGGUCGACCAAGGUGAUCAAUUGCAUACCUUUGGUGAAAGGGUCGAUGCCCCCAUGUCACCACACCAUUCUGUUCCUCAGAUUGUUUGGCUCUGUGCUGCCUCGUCCAAUUGGCAACCUCAUAUACUUCCCUCGCCUGGGCCAUCCGAGAGAGAGACUUGUUUCUCUUUCUUCCUCUCAGCUUUCAUCCGUACCUCAUCCCAACAAAGUUCGACCCCACGCUAUCGCUUAAACAUAACAUCAUUUCCAAGACACGAUCGAGUCAACCAGGACAGGGAGGCAAACGAUCAUCUUCGACUAGCUUGGUUGAAGCUAUAUUCACACCUCAACGCUAGCAACACCCAUUGGGUCACGCAUUUUGGUCAGGUGCAGAGGUUCAUUUGCAGUCUAGUCUCACACAGUUCAAAAAGCAUUCUCUUCUGCAAGGGGCCCGGCGUAGGGCCUCGCUUCUGUCGUCACCUACUUUUCGCCUACCACGCAAGAAACCCCACAAGCAGAGCCAUUUGCUACAGAAUGGCUGCUUAGAAGGACAAGGGUCUUCAACUUAUCACACCCGGUCGGCUUCGUCUUUGCUUUGGUCAUUUUGGGGUUGGUCAUAUUCCGUCGUCGGUGGCAUUCAACAAGUGGAUCUUGACCCUGCAAUCUGGGACCGCGAGUCUUGCAAUACGAAUACUACUAUUGAACCUGCGAUAGGCGGACUCCAGAAACUCCACAUUCACGGUCAGCAUUAUAUCCAUUCGGAUUAGUUAAAGUAAGGGGAUUGUCUGGAUUUCCCAGUCUCCGGCGCCUGUCCUCGCUCCUUCUAAACAGGGGCUCCAUCGGCUGCUACAAAAACAAGGCUCUUCGCGUUCGAUUUCAGGUAGUCAGAAUCAUCUUCAAGUGCUUGCCCAACUCAUCCGGGUAUGGGAAUUCGAUCUACAGAACAUGAUGACUGCCGAAACCAAUGCCACACCAUCCCCCGACCUCAUGCCACUCAAGACAGAAGAACUUGCUUCACUCUUGGAGCCCUCUAAGCUUCCCAUGGGAGCUAAGCAGAGAUAUGCUCUUAACCAGAUCAAAAAGCUUGUUGAAAGCUGUGACAGUUUCAUAGCCCUUGUUCCAGGGGAAUAUGGUGUGCCUGAGAUCAUAGUCUCUACAGACUUGAAGGAGGAGAGUCUUGCAAUCUUGGGGGAUGCAGUCGACAACUUUUCGCAUUACAUGAACGAAUCAUGUCUUCAUGCCUCUCCGAGGUUUUCAGAGUCAUGGAGCAGUCGGAGGUGGAAAGGAAAGAAACCAAUCCGCGACCGAGUCAAUGAUUUGGCUGUCGCUUCAAUCACGUAUCCUUUCCAGCGACCAAUUAAACGUCAUCGCGCCAGCACCAUCAAUGGCAGAGAAGGCUGUGACAACCCAGUUCAGCGGGUUGAGCGCAAAUUGAGAGUGGUCAAUGAAGGCCCUGCUCUGCAAAUCAGAGUAGAUGAUCACGACAAACUUCAACGCUGGUUCAAAGAGGCAUUCGUGGCUAUGCAGCAAGUCGCCUGUCGGAUCAUCGCCAAAAUGUGGAUCAAGCGAAUCCAUCCUAGGAAGCAAUCAACUCACCCUUACAACGGUGGCGUUCCUCGAAGUGAACAUCGGAACCCUGAGCGGACUCGGCCUCCUUACUGGCCCAGUAAUGUUCCUCACAAGGAACCAGACCACAUAGGCCGUGACGAUCGAACAAGUCUGCUGGUCCAUCUCCUCACCUCCACGCCACUUGAGGUCAUUACAAACCCUCCAGACCCGCACAAUACACACUUUGUCACAGCUGCCGAUCUCUUGGAUUGCCUCGAUUCUCGAAAACCGGAUUUGAAAGAAGGGGUUUGGGAUAUCAUUGAGCAAGUGUGCAGAGCUCGAGAUCUAAUGGAACAGUAUGAAGCUGGUGAGAUAGACGGCGAUGCAUUGGUCUUUCUUAACAACUACGCUCAUACUGCAAGGUCGUCGUACACUGAUGUCGAUGGCGAGGAUCCUGAGCGAGGCUUUUCGUUGUCGUUGCAGAGCACAAUCUUGAAGACAGAGUUGGUCGAUGAGUCUACCGAGGAAGACCUACAACAACGCAAUGAUGAGGUUGUUGUCUUUACACCCAGCUCAUCCACACAUGGUUCUCCACUUGACCAGAUGCAUUCGCAGUCUUUGGACAGCAAGCCGCCAAAAUACCGGAAACGGGGAACGGGUUCUACCACCGUGGUUACCGAGUCCUCAUCGUCGGUGCGUCGAUCUGGAGGCGUGCGAAGAUCUUCAAAACCAUCUGCUCCUACUUGUUCUGGUCGCUCAAACACCUCGUCAUCAAUGAGUGCACGAAUGAUUCAGGAACUUCCAUACCGCUCACCUUCCACCCUGCGUAAACCCGAUGGGUCCGGCCAAGGAGAAGACAUGACAAAGGAUCGAAUAACAUUGACGACGGGAGAUCGCAGAAUCAAUGCUCGCCACUCAACAACAAUGAUUGUCUCUCAACCAACAGCUGCUCAGGUGAUGACCCAGACGAUGCUGGCCACCAAAGGCUGCGGACAGCAGGACAACGAGGGUGGUCAGCAGCAGCAGCCGGAAAUGAACAACAUGAUGCACGACAUGAUGUCCUCCUACAUCGAUACAUGCCCUCGGCAGCCUCCACAGAUGGGUAUGCUGCCGCAACAGCAGUGCCAGCCAUGGAUGGCAAUGAUGCCCAACAUGGGACCGGAACCUCCUGACCGUGUCUUUGGGUUUCACCCUCACAUGAUGGCCGCUGCCGCUACCGCACGGGCUCCUGAGUCGGCGCUCGCUUAUUUUGGUCAGACGAACGACAUGGACGACAACAGCCUCGACGGCGGCGGCGGUGGUGGUGGUGGUAUGCUUCUGAUGGACACGAUGCAACCAUACCAUGACUUCCAGGAUCAGCAUGGAGGUACGUUGAUGAGUGUUGCCGACAUGUAUCACCAGCAAGGCAUCGCGCAGCCUGUCGCUGUUGAUAUGACGUCGACUGAUUUCUACACCGUUCAGCAUUGAGCAUUGGGAACUUUUCGGACUUCUUGGAUUGAAUUUAUUGGGAUCAGGUUCCGAAGAUUCGUUGUCCAGCCGAUAUCUUCACAUCUGCAAUCGUCAUCGACUCUGUUGUUCUUUGCAAUGCAGCAGAGAGUAUCGGUUUCUACCGCCAUCAGGUUCUCGCACUCCUCCCUUAUUAUCUUACGAAUUUCGGACGCCUUUGUAUAUCGAAAUACAAGGAUGGAAGACCUGAAACCUGCUUUUCAAUUUUUUGUCGAAUUGUCAUCUCGUCUUCUCCUCCUCGCUCGGAAGACGAUCGAAUGUUGUCGCCGCUUUGUUUUGUUUUAUCUCAUCUUCAUUGCUCAUUGCGACAUCAUGUUCGUGUUUUCCAACGUUUAGGAUUGUCGCGGUCUCCAGCAUCUGUUCCAGUCCAGUCCAUUUCAGCAAAGGUCUCACGAGUUCCCUUCGACGUUGGUUUGGCAAGCUCUUAUGUCAUUAUGUCUUCCAUUGUUUUGGAUCUUUUCGGUCUUUUUUCAUCAUGAGAAAUCUCAAUUUUCUCGACCUACAGCAGUCAGCGGUCAACAGUUAACGGUUGUGGUGUACCCCGAGUGCAGGAGUCAGUACAAAUUUUUGUUUAAGUUCUGUUAUGAGUUUAGUUUAUCGAAAAGUUCUGUUCUUUGGAGAGGUCAGGUAAUUUGAGCGCGCUGGUUGCUGGUUGAAGAAUUCGACAAUGGGCUCAGUCAGUCAUUUCCCACAACAACAACGAACAAUAGGUGAUGCACGCAGGCUUUGGGGAAUACAACAAGGAAGGUGGUAUUUUUCGUGGUUGACUUUGAUUCUUUUCGGGAGGGAGAGGAGAAGUUCAUAGCCAUGUCAACGACUCAUAAAUGUCGUUUUUGUGUAAUGUUCACUGUUCCAAACGGGGACCAGAUUCUCCCGGUGGACAGCGAGCUUCAGGUACCUCAGGUAGUCUAGUCCAGGAAUUAUCUAGGCAAGGACUCAUUGAACCUACCUACCUAGGUAGGUAGUGCUGAAAAAUG